AUGUCUGGAAUUGGCAAUAAAUGGAUGGCUGGAAAGCCGGUUGAAAAUUCAGUCACCACUGUGGAGACCAUGAAACUUGGUGGUGUUCCUUAAACGGAGGAGCUGGACAUCCGGACCCUGCAGACCAAGAAUCGGAAACUGGCGGAGAUGCUCCACCAGCACCAGGCCACCGAAGAUGAGCUGCAGGAGCACAUUGAGAAGCUGGAGUGUCGGCAGGCCACCGGCGAUGCCUCUCUGCUGAUCAUCAACUGCUACUGGAAUCAGGUGGAUGAAAAGAUCCGCAUCAUCCUUAAAUGCUUCGACCUGGACCAGGGUCUUGGAGACCUUUUGUCUGAAAGAAAAGCACUGGUGGUGCCAGAACCUGAACCAGACUCUGACAGUAAUCAGGAGCGCAAAGAUGAGAGGGAACGAGGGGAAGGACUGGAGCCAGCAUUCUCCUUCCUGGCCACUCUAGCCAGCAGUGCCAGCGAGGAGAUAGAAUCUCAGCUGCAGGAGCGUGUGGAGUCCUCCCGCUGUGCUGUUGCCCAGAUUGUGACAAUGUAUGACAAGCUGCAGGGGUAGGUGGAUGUGCUAUCCCACAAGCUGAACAGUGGAGAUAUUUCACUGAUGGAAGAAGCAGUAGUGGAGCUGAAUACCUACCUGUCACACGAGAAUAGACGGCUGCAGGAACUGGCUGAUGUACUUCAGGAGAAGCACAGAGUCAUGUCUCAGGAGUUCUCCAAGCUGCAAGAGAGGGUGGAGACAGCAGAAUCCCGGGUGUCUGUCCUGGAGACCAUGAUUGAUGACCUGCAGUGGGAAAUUGACAAGAUCUGCAAGAGAGAGCAGAGGCUCAGCCGCCACCUGGCCGAAUUCCUGGAGCGAGUAAAUUCCAAAGGCUACAGUUAUGGAGCUGGGAGCAUCCUCUGUGGGGGAACAAUCACCCCCAAUGCCUGCAUGAUGAGGUUAUCCCAACAGUUUGAGGAGAUGAAUGCAGAGCUGGAAGAGAAUAAAGAGCUUGCUGGGAAUCGCCUUCAUGAAUUGGAGGAACUACGUCAGGAUCUUGAGGAAGUAACAACACAGAAUGAAAAGCUCAAGGUGAGACAUAUGUAG